UACUUCCGGUGGGCAUCUAGGCUUCUCUGGCGUCAAAAUGUCGCUUGUGGCAGGGGUUAUUCGGCGUCUGGACGAGACAGUGGUGAACCGCAUUGCGGCGGGAGAAGUUAUCCAGCGGCCUGCUAAUGCCAUCAAAGAGAUGAUUGAAAACUGUUUAGAUGCAAAAUCCACAAGUAUUCAAGUGGUUGUUAAAGAGGGAGGUCUAAAGUUAAUUCAGAUCCAAGACAAUGGCACUGGAAUCAGGAAAGAAGAUCUGGAUAUUGUGUGUGAGAGGUUCACAACAAGUAAACUGCAGUCCUUUGAGGAUUUAGCCAGUAUUUCUACUUAUGGCUUUCGGGGUGAGGCGUUGGCCAGCAUAAGCCACGUGGCUCACGUUACCAUUACAACCAAAACAGCUGAUGGAAAGUGUGCGUACAGAGCAAGUUACGCAGAUGGAAAGCUGAAAGCGCCUCCUAAACCAUGUGCAGGCAAUCAGGGGACCCAGAUCACGGUGGAAGACCUUUUUUAUAACAUAACCACAAGAAGGAAAGCUUUAAAAAAUCCAAGUGAAGAGUAUGGGAAAAUUUUGGAAGUUGUUGGCAGGUAUUCAAUACACAACUCAGGUGUUAGUUUCUCAGUUAAGAAACAAGGUGAGACAGUUGCUGACAUCAGAACACUAUCCAGUGCCACGAUUGUGGACAACAUUCGCUCCAUCUUUGGAAAUGCUGUUAGCCGAGAACUAAUAGAAGUCGGGUGUGAGGAUAAAACUCUGGCUUUCAAAAUGAAUGGCUACAUAUCUAAUGCAAACUACUCGGUGAAGAAGUGCAUUUUCUUACUCUUCAUCAACCAUCGUCUGGUAGAAUCAACUUCAAUGAGAAAAGCCAUAGAAACAGUGUAUGCAGCAUAUUUGCCCAAAAACACACACCCGUUCCUAUACCUCAGUUUAGAAAUCAGCCCCCAGAAUGUGGAUGUCAAUGUGCACCCCACAAAACAUGAAGUUCACUUUCUUCAUGAGGAGAGCAUCCUAGAGCGGGUGCAGCAACACAUUGAGAGCAAGCUCCUGGGUGCCAACUCAUCCAGGGUGUACUUCACUCAGACUUUGCUACCAGGACUUGCCAGUUCCUCCGGGGAGGUAGUUAAGUCUACACCAGGUGUGACCUCCUCAUCUACUUCUGGAAGUGGAGACAAGGUCUAUGCUUAUCAGAUGGUCCGUACAGAUUCCCGGGAACAGAAGCUCGAUGCCUUUCUGCAGCCUGUGAGCAAGGCCCUACCCAAUCAGCCCCAGGCCUCUGAACCAGGGGAUAGGACUCAUGCUUCUAGUUGCAAAGCUGGGCCGCAAGAUGAAGAGAUGCUUGAAAUCCCAGCCCCUGGUGAGGUGGCCGCCAAGAAUCAGAACAUGGAGGUGGAUACAAACAAGGGUGCUUUAGAAACAGCAGAAAAGAAAGCACCCACUUGUAGCCCAGGCAAUCCCAGAAAGAGACAUCGGGAAGACUCUGAUGUGGAAAUGAUGGAAAGUGGUUCCCAGAAGGACAUGACAGCAGCUUGUACCCCUCGGAGAAGGAUCAUUAACCUCACUAGUGUUUUGAGUCUUCAGGAAGAAAUUAAUGAACAGGGACAUGAGACUCUCCGGGAGAUGCUCCAAAACCACUCCUUUGUGGGCUGUGUGAAUCCUCAGUGGGCCUUGGCCCAGCAUCAGACCAAGUUAUAUCUUCUCAACACCACCAAGCUUAGUGAAGAACUGUUCUACCAGAUACUCAUUUAUGACUUUGCAAAUUUUGGUGUUCUGAGGUUAUCGGAGCCAGCACCCCUCUUUGACCUUGCCAUGCUUGCCUUGGAUAGUCCUGAGAGCGGCUGGACUGAGGAAGAUGGUCCCAAAGAAGGACUUGCUGAAUACAUAGUUGAGUUUCUGAAAAAAAAAGCCGAGAUGCUGGCAGACUAUUUCUCUUUGGAAAUUGAUGAGGAAGGAAACCUCAUUGGAUUGCCCCUUCUGAUCGAAAACUAUGUGCCUCCUUUGGAGGGACUGCCUAUCUUCAUCCUCCGACUAGCCACAGAGGUAAAUUGGGAUGAAGAAAAGGAAUGUUUUGAAAGCCUCAGUAAAGAAUGUGCUAUGUUUUACUCCAUCCGGAAACAGUAUGUAUCAGAAGAGUCAACCCUCUCAAGCCAGCAGAGUGAAGUAUCUGGCUCUACUUUAAACCCCUGGAAGUGGACUGUGGAACACAUUGUCUACAAAGCCUUCCGCUCACACCUUAUACCUCCAAAACAUUUCACAGAAGAUGGAAAUGUCCUGCAACUCGCUAACCUGCCAGAUUUAUACAAAGUCUUUGAAAGGUGUUAAAUAUGAUCACUUACGGUGUUUUAUUUUGUAUCCCGAUGUUGUGAGUAGGACUUAAAGUUGAGUAUUUGCACUAGUAGCGUACUUUCAUGCACAGUGGAUUAACUGUAAAUAGUCAAAUGUAUCCUAAUGUGAUUUCAUGUUAACUUCAUUACACAUGAAAAUUUUUCUAGAUCUGUUUUUAUUAUAUACCAGACUGUUCAAGAAUCCCAAAAGAAGUCUGAAAGCCACUGGGAAUCUCAUACAGUGCUCUUCAGGCACCAUUAAGAAUUAUAAAAUGGUCUUGAAGAUUUCCUAGAUCAUUCUCUGAUUUGAUUCUUCCUGUAUUCCUGGAAACUUCUAUUAAGAGCUAUACUGUGUGUCAGUUCAGAUGCCUUUUAAAAGAACUUGAACAAGUAAAAGACUUAACAUCAACUAUUGAGAAAUUUUGAAUUAAGAAUCUAUCUUCAGUAACCAAAGCUAAUUUAUUAAGAGAAAAACUUGAGGGAAAAUAGUCCUUAUCCAUUCUCUAACUGGUAUAAAUGUUUUGAGUUAAUCUACUCUCUUAAUGGCCAUGACUACUAGCCACGUAAGUUUCUAGGCAUUCUUCUUUGAAGAAUAAUAUUACAAUAUCGAUUUUAAACUAUUUAGCCCCAAAAUAUGCCACCUUAAUAAUAACCUACAUUGAUAGAUGCUUAAAGCACAGGGAGGAAGAUUGCCUAUAGUUUUAAGGUAAAAUCCAAGUAUAGUUCAGUUCAUGAACUUAAUUCUUUCCACAAUUUAGUUGAAAACCGAAUUGGAUGAAAACUGAAUCAGAUUCAGUAAUUAGGAUCAGUGUUGACCUUGUAGGGAAAUCUGAUUCAGUUCUUAUCCAAUUUGGUUCACAACUAGUUCAUGAACCAAGGUACCACUGUAAGAGGACUCAAUGAAUAAAGUUCUGUAGAAAAGAACAAUACGAAUGAAGCCAUUUCAUAUGAAAAGGACAGACAACAGAAUAGAAGCAGCGUAUUUGUCAUGCUAUAAAAAAGGCAAGAUCAGUUUCUAGCAGUUAAAACUCCAAACAGCAGACUGGGGCAUGUCAGAAAGGAGGCUCCAUGAGCCCAGGAGGUACACAGCCAAAGUGUCUAAGUGGAGAGGGAGUCUGGUUGCCCCGGGGAAGAGCUAGAACACACUGUGUUCCACUUAGGGGAUAGGAAGCUAAAAAUCUUCAUUUCAAAACAUCCUCUCACCCACCACCAGCCACACAACUGUUGUCACAUCAGGAAAUUUUCAGGAAGUCAGUUCACUUGAGGAGAUUGGUUUCCGUAUCUUUAAAGGGAAGGGGUAGUAUUACUCUAAAGAAGGGAACGAUUAUUGAAGGUUUUAUUCACUUUUGAGUUUAUUAUCUAGUUUCAAGUCUAGUUUUAUUAUCUUAAAUGUCCUUAAUUCAUUAAAGUUUGCCCCAGUAUAUUUUCUGUGUAAGCAUUUGAAGCUACAUAAUCAUUUCCAUAAAACCACCUUGAUUCUGACAGUAAAAGAACAUCACAAACCCUGCAAAGUGAAUAUACUUGUAACUUGAUCAAAAACAAAACAAACUUCAGGUUGGGUGCCUUUAGAUGAAAUUAAAAGUUCUUAGAGGAAAAAGUUCUAUAUUCCAGGUUAUUUUUUGUUCAGAGAGAAAAGAAGAGCAGCAAGAAAGGAGGGAUAUAGUUGCUAUGAUUUGCUUUUAAAGGUUUCUGUAUCAAAAUAAAUGUGUCAGCAGCC